AUGGGCAACAUCUCAAGCGCCGCCGCCGCCAAUCCCCGUCGCCGGCACAUCGGAGCGUCAAGGCGGAGUCACCCGCCUCCUCCUCCGCCGGUGACGCCGCAGCCUGAGAUCGCUGCGAAUCCAUUUGUGUACCAUGGUGCUGCACCCUACCCGAACCCUCCCCUGCAUUACCCGCAGUACCAUUACCCCGGUUACUACCCUCCGGUGCCUCCCAUGCCUCAUCAGCAUCCUCAUCAACAACAUCAACGUCAUCAUCAACAACACCAACAUCAACAUCAUCCGCACAUGGACCCGGCGUGGAUUCCGGGGCGGAACGCUUGUGGACCCAUGAUGCCUAACCCUGCACCUUUUGUUGAGCAUCAGAAGGCAGUUACCAUAAGGAACGAUGUCAAUAUCAGGAAAGAGACCCUUAGGAUUGAACCUGAUGAGGGAAAUUCUUCCCACUUCCUUGUCUCGUUUUCCUUCGAUGCCACCGUUUCUGGGAGCAUCACCAUUUAUUUCUUUGCCAAAGAAGGUGAAGACUGCAUCCUCACACCAAUGAAGGAAAACAAUAUUGCACCAGUGACUGUGAAUUUUGAGCAAGGUCUUGGCCAGAAGUUUAGGCAGCCAGCUGGAACUGGUAUUGAUUUUUCAGUUUUUGAGGAGUCCGAGAUAUUGAAAGUGGGUGACAUGGAUGUGUACCCUCUAGCAGUAAAGGCAGACGCAUCCCCUGGUAAUCAUGAUGUGUCAGUUAGAAAUCCAACAUCUGGUAAUACAAACUCACAGAUUACCCAAGCAGUAUUUGAGAAGGAGAAAGGAGAGUUCCGGGUGAAAGUUGUUAAGCAGAUUUUGUGGGUGAAUGGAAUGAGGUAUGAGCUGCAGGAGAUAUAUGGUAUUGGAAAUUCAACAGAGACUGACUUGGAUGAGAGUGACCAAGGAAAAGAAUGUGUCAUCUGCUUGUCGGAGCCACGUGAUACAAUUGUUCAUCCCUGCCGGCAUAUGUGUAUGUGUAGUGGAUGUGCGAAGGUUUUGAGGUUCCAGACAAAUAGAUGCCCAAUUUGCAGACAACCAGUUGAGAGGCUUUUGGAGAUAAAGGUAGGGUCUGAGGAGUAA